GUGAGGGUGCAUUGGAUUGCAGCAGGUCACAUGACUCACCUGUGUCCCACUGCUCUGCUCCUGCCAAAUCCCUGUUAAAUAUGAACAGUGUUCAGGUAUAAGAGCCAACAACUACGAGAGAGAGAAAACAGAACAAAGGAGAACACCAGAGCAAAACUUGUGGAGACAUUAUGGAGUUUUCUACCACAGUGAUCUUAGCUGGGCUGAUCUUUGCUCUGCUGUGGUUGUUUACUGUUAAAAGCAGUAAGAAGGAUCGUUUACCUCCGGGACCUUUUGCUUUUCCCCUCAUAGGAAACCUGCCGCAAAUAAACAAGAAAAGACCAUUUGAAAGCUUUCUUAAGUUCAGUGAAACCCAUGGACCUGUGAUGACAUUAUACCUGGGUUGGCAGCGGGUGGUUGUCCUGGUGGGGUACGAUGCAGUGAAAGAAGCCUUGGUGGACCAGGCAGAUGAGUUCGUAGGCAGAGGACCAGUUCCUUUUAUGCAGAAAGCUACGAAGGGAUAUGGUAUAGUGAUCAGUAAUGGGGAACGCUGGCAGCAGCUGCGCCGUUUCACUCUGACAACCCUACGAGAUUUUGGGAUGGGACGUAAAGGAAUGGAGGAGUGGAUCCAAGAAGAGAGCCAACACUUGAGGGCUCGGAUACGUUCAUUCAAAGGUGAAGCGUUCGACCCCACUUUCUUGUUGAGCCGCACCGUGUCUAAUGUGAUCUGCUGUUUGGUGUUUGGCCAGCGGUUCACUUAUGAAGACAAACAAUUUUUGAACCUUCUUAGCAUCAUAAAUACAAUUUUAAAGUUCCUCAGCAGCCCAUGGGGUGUGCUGUACAACAUCUUCCCCUGGCUCAUGGAACAUCUUCCUGGCUACCAGCACACUGUUUUUGGCAAUGUCAAGGAGGUCAGACGCUUUAUCAAGAUGAAGAUCCAAGAGCACAAAGCAACUCUGGACCCCAGCUCCCCAAGAGACUUUAUUGACUGCUUCCUCAUCCGAUCUGAUCAGGAAGAAGACAAUCCAAAAACCGAAUUCCACAAUGAAAACUUGAUUUCAACAGCAGUGAAUCUGUUCCUGGCUGGAACAGAAACCACCAGCUCGACUAUCAGAUAUGCUCUCAAUGUGCUGAUCAAAUACCCAGACAUACAAGAGAAAAUGCAACAGGAGAUCGACACUGUAAUUGGACGGGAUCGAUGUCCCAAGAUGGAGGACCGGAAGUCCCUCCCUUUUACAGAUGCUGUCAUCCAUGAGGUGCAACGUUUUCUGGACAUUGUCCCCUUCAGUCUCCCUCACUGUGCACUGAAGGACAUCUCCUUCAGGGGUUAUACAAUCCCCAAGGACACUCUGAUUAUACCUUUCUUGCACUCUGUGCUGAAAGAGGAAAAGCAUUGGACGACUCCCGGGUCCUUUAACCCCCAGAACUUCCUUGAUCAGAAUGGGAACUUUAAGAAAAAUCCUUCAUUCCUGCCAUUUUCUGCAGGGAAAAGAGCCUGUGUUGGUGAGUCUCUGGCUCGCAUGGAGCUCUUCCUCUUCAUCGUAUCUCUCCUGCAGGGUUUCACCUUUUCCUGCCCUGGUGGACCUGACAGCAUCAACCUCGUUUCAGAGUACAGCAGCUUUGCCAAUGUGCCUCGUAUGUAUGAAAUCAUUGCCACCCCACGGUGAAAGGAAAAGCUGCACAGUUUCUUUAAAAGUUGAUGUUUACUGGUAGAAAACACAAUAUAAUCUUGUUUUUCAUAUAAAUGUUUUUGUAUACAUUUAAUUCAAAUCAUGAUACAUGUAUUAUAAAUUAAAAUGCUUUCUUUUAUGCUAACAAUAAAUGUAUUAUCUGAAUGAAAACAUAUACUGAAAUAAAGUCAUAGCAGAAAUGCUCCUUGGGGGAAAAAAAGGUCUUUUUUAAACAAAGUCCUCACCAGUUUUUUUCUUCUACUGUGAAAUGAUUUAGAAUGAAACUGAAACCCUGAUACACUGACACAUGUUAAAUGAGGUACAGUAAUUUUUUUGGUGUUUAAGAUGUAACAAGUCACUUUGAUGACAUUAAGUACUUUGUAGAUUGCUUUACCAACUUUUCCAUCUUGGAUAUUUGCAGCUAGUAGUGUGCAAAUGAUUAAUACCUGAGGUCUGAAUGGAUCAAUGUAGAGAUGACACUGAUAGAAAACUGUGUCUUCAUAUAAUUUAAACAGAUCCACUACAAAAUGCCCCCUUAUAG